AUGCCUGGAUGUGCUGCAAUCAAUUGUUCAAAUUCUGCUACAAAAGGAUUUCUUAUGAAACAUUUUCCUAAGGACAAAGUCAGGAGAAAGUUGUGGUUAAUCAAAAUGAAAAGAGAUGAUUGGUCUCCUACUAACUAUUCUUGUUUAUGUGAAGUUCACUUUGGAGAAGAUAUGUGGGAAAAACAACGUGAAGAUGGAAGUCGACGUUUGAAAAAUGAUGCUGUACCAAAUAUAUUUAGUUUCACAAAACAAAAAACUAAAAGAAAACCCCCUGCACAAAGGCAAGUAAAAUCUGUUUUAAAUAAUCAAAUCUCAGAGUCAGAAGAAAAAUUACAAAAUCCAAGUCAACCAAUUCAAGAUGUGAGUUUAGUUAAUAAUUUGGAGUCCAAUCAGAUGCAAAUGAAGUAUGAAAGUAUGCAGAAAAAGUUGUUGGAGUAUGAAAAACAGUACAAAAAAACUGUUACUAAAGCAAAUAGAUUUGAAAAAGAACUUAAAUAUAUCAAAAAUAAGUUAAAAAUAAGUAAUGAAACAAAAAACUCUCAAAUGUUAAAUUCAGUUUUUAAUAUUGACCAGAUUAACGCAUUAAAUAGAAAUUCCACAAAAUUUAUGAAAUGGUCAAACUCAACUGUGAUGAAGGCAUUAAAGUUAAAAUUUAGUUGUGGCAAUAAUGGGUAUGAAGAAUUACUCCAACAAAAUAUUCCUCUACCAUCUCUAAGAACAUUAAGAAGAAGACUUCAGAAUUUAAAGUUUGGUACUGGCAUUCUACAUGAAGUUUUUAAAUUUUUACAAAUAAAAAUUGAAACGUUCAAAGAUGAACACGAAAAAGAAUGUGUAUUAAUAAUGGACGAAAUGUCCAUUACCCCAGCUAAUUUAUUUGAUGUAUCUACAAACCAAAACAUUGGAAAAGUAACAUUACCCAAACAUGAAGGCACGGCUACUAAUGUUUUAGUAUUUAUGCUUGGUGGCAUUACAACAAGAUGGAAGCAAACAGUGGCCUAUUAUUUCACAGGAAAAUCUAUUGAUGGCACUGUGUACCAUGAUAUUGUGGCAAAUAUAAUUUCGAUAAGUGAAUCAAUAGGAUUAAAAAUUAUAGGUAUUGUAUCAGACAUGGGGUCUAGCAAUCAAAAAUUGUGGAAAAAAUUGAACAUUACUGCUGGACGACAUGGUGAAAUAUCAAACUGUUUUCCUCAUCCCCUUGAUUAUAAUAGAAAAAUUUAUAUAAUUCCUGAUGUUCCUCACCUUUUUAAAAACAUCAAGAACAUGUUAAUGACUAAUAAAAUAUUAUAUAUAAGUGAUAAAAUUAAAAACCUAUAUAAUCUUCCUACUAACAUGAUUUGUUCAAGCCAUAUUGAAGAUAUUAUAAAAUUUCAAGAGAAAUUAGAUUUUUUACUUGUUCCAAAACUAUCUGAGCAAGAUUUAGUACCUAAUCAUUUCCAAAAAAUGAAGGUUGGGAAGUCAACCAAUAUUAUCAAUCAUGAUGUGUGUACAGCCUUGCGGUUCUUAUCAGAAGAAUUAAAUAAACCUGAAUAUAUUACAACGGCUUGGUUUAUUGAUAUAGUGGAUAAAUGGUUUACAUUGAUGACUUCCAGACAUCCAGUGUUAGCAUUAAGUAAACUGAAACCUGAAAUGUAUGAAAGUAGUAUUACAUUUUUAAAAGGAUUUAUAGAUAUAAUGAUGGAUAUAGAAGUAGGAUACAAAAGAACAUGGAAACCUUCUCAAAAAGGUUCAAUACUAGCAACAUCGUCGAUUUUAGACAUUCAAAAAAUAUACUUAGACGAAAAAGGAUUUCACUUUAUUUUAACAUCAAGAUUUACACAGGACUGCCUCGAAAAUUUAUUUAGUGUAAUGAGAACAAAAAACAUAGUACCUAAUGCUCUACAAGUAAAAAACAAUUUGAAAUUAUUGUCUGUAUCCCAGUAUUUAAAAGAUAUAUCAAAAGGAAAUUAUGAAGAAGACGAUAGAACAUUUUUAUCCGGUUUCUUAGAUACUUUAAAAGAUUCUAAUCCUGAAGAUAAGAAAUUUGAAAACAUUCAGUUGCCACAAGAAAUAAAGGAGCCUAAUAUGAACUUAUGUAAUGGUGAGCUAAAUUCAUUUUAUAAUGUGUGUGGCUACAUAUUAUUUAGUAUUAAAAAAAAAACAACUACAUGUGAACAUUGCCUAAUUUCAGUUGGUUCCAGUAAAUGUAUUAAUGCUUCUUUUUCUAAAUUAACAAAACUUAAGCGCUUUAAAAAAGGAUGCUUAUUUUUCUGCAAUGAACUUACCUUCAACUUUUUUUUAGCAAUGGAACAAAUUUUUAGGAAGUAUUACAAUAUAAUAAAAAAUAAAAAUUGUGAUAUAAAACAAUUCUUAAUUUGUAAAGUGAAAGAAGUUGAAGUUUCCCACAUCCCUAAUUGUCAUAAAUUACAAAAUCAUAUAAUAAAAAGAUUCAUUCUAUUUCGCUUGAAAAUAGCAGGAAGAAAAAAUACUAAGCUUCUAAAUAAAUAUGGAAGCAAGUCUAUUGCUUGCCAUGCUUGA